AUGUGGCAGAUAUUUUUACUAUUUCGUCCGAUUGGACGGAGGCGGUUGCGGUUUCUGUUGGCCGAACUCGUCUUCGAGUGGCCAUUCGGGCGACUGUGCGAUUAUGAGGUCUGUCCAGACGAAGAGGAGGAGAAGGAGGAGGAGAAGGAGGAGGAGGAGGAAAAUACGAAGAGGGGCCAGGGCAGAUGGGACAAAGGGAUAAAUCCAACUUCUCAUCCGGCCAUUCCAUUAGUCGUCGUCAAAACUCCACCUGGCUCGAGGCGCCUCGGCCCCCGGAUGGGCCAAUCUUUCCCCUUUGAUGGCAGCUUGGCCGAUCCGGAUGCUGGGCUGGGCUGGGCUGGGCAAAAAACAAAAAUACUCUGCCUCUUGUAA